AGGAGGACGCCGCUGCUGGUGUGGGCCAACAAGCAGGACCAGAAGCGGGCCAUGGGCACAGAGGAGGUGAUAGACAGGCUGGGGCUGGCCUGGUUCCGCGGACGCCGCUGGCAUGUGGGGGCUUGUUGUGGCUCCUCUGGGGAGGGCCUCUACGAUGGCUUGUCCUGGCUGACCCAGGCAAUGGCUGAGCGCUGCUGA